UCUGGAAAAUUAUUUCCUGGGUGUCGCAUUAUAUCGUCCAGUCGUGAACAUUCCAUCAGAAAUUUUUGGGGAGAAGUUCGACCAGACAAGGUUAUUGCACUUGCUGGAAUAACAAUGGAGUCCAUCAAAGAAAUCAUUUCUGGAUAUGAAGGAGAUGAAGAAGCCGAGAAAAUAAUGGAAUUUCUCAAAAUCAAAGCCCCAUUACUCUUGUUUCUGUGCACUACACCUGUGAUGCUUGUUUACACACUGAUAGCGUUGAAAUUCAAAUCCGACUUCAAACCAAACACUAUGACUGGUAUUAUGAUUGUUGUCAUGCAAAGUAUCUUACGAUCUCCCCACACUUACCAAGAGAAUAUUUUGGAAGCUUUGGGCAAAUUAAAAGAACUAUCAUACAUUGGGACAGUGAAACGUCAAGUUUUAUUUACAGAAGAUGAUUUUCGUCAAGUUAAUUUAAAACCAGUAGAAGCAACCGAUCUAGCAAUCCUGGCUCCUGGAGGAAUAUAUCGUAAACUUUUUCAAGGAAUUCACCUUCUUUACUUCCAACAUCAAAGCAUUCAAGAAAUGCUCACAUCUUUUUAUAUUCUUGGACUGGAUUUAAAAUCUUUCAAGAAGUUCGUAGAUAAACAUCUUCAUACCGGCCACUUUGUUCUCAUCAGAAAAAUAAUGUGUGGACUUUUAUUAAAUUCCACAAUUUAUGAAGCAGCAGGAAUUUUACUUGGAGAAAUAAAGGAUCUCAAGAAAAAGCAAAAUAUUCUUAAGAGAAGCUUGCAAUUCCAACUCCAAAAAAUAUCAAACGAAUCAGAUCGUUUGGAACUUUUCACUGCAUUGAACGAAGCCAAGGAUGGAAUGAGUGACAUUGUCAAAUCAUCUUUUGACAAAAUUGACAUGUCUAGAUAUCCUCUCUCCAUAAGUGAUGCUCAUGUCAUUGGAUCAGUAGCUUCCUACUGUACAUUACUAACAAUGAAUUUUAUUGAAUGUGACCUCAAGUCAGCCUCACUUCAAACUCUGGCAUCUGGAUUGAAAGGAUCAAACUUGAAGAUCAUGAAGUUGCGGCUGGAUAGAAACAAAAACAUGGGAGUUGAAGGUUUAUCAUCAGUUGGACAAAUACUUUCCAAUCAAUCCUGUGUUGAAGAGUUGAACCUUAGCUACUGUAACCUGUCAUCAGAUCAACUACAAGCUUUCAAAUUAUCGUUGGGAAAUAACACAGAGGUCAUAAACUUGCAGCUGUAUCAUAACAUAAACAUGGGAGUUGAAGGUUUAUCAUCAGUUGGACAAAUACUUUCCAAUCAAUCCUGUGUUGAAGAGGUAAACCUUGGCUACUGUAACCUGUCAUCAGAUCAACUACAAACCUUCAAAUUAUCGUUGGGAAAUAACACAGAGAUCACACAGUUGCGACUGAAUAGAAACAAAAACAUGGGAGUUGAAGGUUUAUCAUCAGUUGGACAAAUACUUUCCAAUCAAACCUGCGUUGAAGAGUUGGACCUUAUCUACUGUAACCUGUCAUCGAAUCAACUGCAAGCCUUCAAUUCAUCCUUAGGAAGCACAAAGAUUGAUUGGUUGGGUCUGGAUGAAGAUCGUACUGCAAACCAUGAAGAUAUUGUUGCAGUUGCAAAUCUGCUUCCUAAUGUUAAUGAGAUGUUAGGUUUGCAAGGAUGGAAAAUAGCUGAUGAAGAUAAAGAACUAUUACAGAAUCAACUUGAUGAAAUCGGAUCUGAGGAACUAAAAAUUAGGCUGUCUGGAAGAACACUCAAGAAUCAAAGGCGAUCAGAUGAUGCUACAACUGAUGUCAUUUUUGAACGAACCAUAACUUCUGAAGUCGACUUUGGGCCCACAUCACCACAUGGCAGUUUGGAGAAUACUGAAGAAAAUGCAGAAACUUUAAGAGAAGAUAGAAACCCAAGAAGUGAACUCCUGCUGACUGAAGAAGAAGUAACUGAGCAAGCUGCGAAGCCAACUCAGCAUACUUUGCCACAAAUUGAAAAUGUUUUCUCUCAAAGAAGCGGAUCCGACAUUCUUUUGACUUGGGAUGAAGUAUCUGACAGCAACAUCCUAUACAACGUAGAUAUCUUCUGUGAUGAUGUGAAACUUAGAGAGACUCACACUACAGAGAUUCCACAGUAUAGAAUGAAGUCACCUACACUUGGUAAAACAUACCGUUUCCAAGUCUGGGCCAAGGAUGAAUGGGGUAACAUUGGAUACAAGACACAGUCAAAGAAUGUUAUAAAAGCCAAAAACAUUGGAGUUGAAGGGGAUACAAUAGACAUUAAUGAAUGCAAAGUUACUUUUCCGGAUGGAACAUUCAUUGAACAAACAAAAGUCUGGAUGUCAGUUCGAUUGGACAAUUCAAUAUGCCCAGCACAAUACGUCGCGAUCACACCAGUUCUUGACAUCAGUGCAGGAUCGCCAUUACGCAAAAAUGCAAUUGUACAAAUGGAGUCCUGGCGUCUUCAGCUUAAAAAAGAGGAUGUUGACAUACUUCACUUUACCAAUGACACUGACUGGAACAUUAUUAAACCCGAUCUUGUCUCGUUUGACAGAACUAUUGAAUUUCGCUGUCAAGAGUUCAGUCGAGUAAUUGCCGCUAUCAAACGAUGGUUUUACGCCCCAGUUCUCAAAGAAAACUUUCUUUAUACGAUGGGUCACAAUCGAAUCUGUAUAACAUUUUUUAGUCUAAGUGAACUUGUUGAAAAAAGCAUAAUUACAUAUUACGAAAGCCGGGGUGCACAACCGGUACCAACAAGAUUCAACCAAGUUAUUUUGAGGCAUGGAGAUAGAAUUCAUCUCAAGCUACGAAUAGAAGGGGGGCCUGGAGAAUUACAUUUCAAUGAACCUAAUGGUCACAGAUUUUCUGUAGAUGAUGACUUCUUAACAGCAUCGAGACAUGACUUUGAAUUUCUCCCCAACUUGCAGCGAUAUCCUGAAAUUGUCAUCAAAUGUGAAAUGGAAAAAAAUGAAGAUGAAAUUAAUAGAAAAGUAAUUAAAUUUACUUUCCCACUAAAACCUCCAGAACGCAGAGGACCUCCACCUAUCAACUUUGCUGGAGCAAAUAUUGGGAAUCUGCAUCUACCGGAAAGAGGAAAUCAGAACAAUCAGCAAAUGGGGCAAAAUGAACAAGAAGAAGCUGGUGCAGUAGGUGGAAACCAAGCAAUAGAAUAAACCAAUACAACAUGAAGGUGAUGACGAUGGUUCGACAAAUCUUUCCAAGGUUUAUGCUACAAAAACGGUAGAUUUGGAAUGAAGGCGGAUCUUCCUGGUCUGACGCUCCGAUCAUGAGUCAUCUUACGGAAGAAGUCUUGUUCGAUGAGUUUGCGAACUCUGGAUAUAAUGAUGACGGUACCUUCGUCGGAAAAUUAACUACGACCCCCCUUCCUCCUCAGCGUUUAAAAUAGAACAUUCCAGAACCUUGCAUCGACGUCAUUUAAUCAAGUCUAAAGAUUGCAAAGCUUUUAUCUGAUGACGUAGACCUCCACAUGUUCACAUUCGGAAAAGGAUUGAUCAAAAUUUUCCGAAUGUCUCCUGAUGCUUUCAUCCAAUUGUCUCUUCAACUUGCACAUUUCAGGGUCAAAGGUCAUUUCAGUUUGACUUACGAAGCCUCAAAGACGAGAUUGUUCCGAAAAGGGAGGAGCGAGACUGUUCGUUCAUGCAUGUCUGAAUAUUGCGCUUUCGUUCGCGCCAUGGAAGAUUCAGAACAAACUAAUGAAGACAGAAUUGCUCUUUUGAAGAAAGCUACAGAACGCCAUGUAUCAGGAUAUAAGAAGGCCAUGACUGCUAGGUCAAGGAAUUGAUCGUCAUUUAUUUUGUCUCUACGUCGUGUCAAAAUAUCUCAAGAUUGAGUCUCCCUUUUUGCAAAAGAACUCAUCUCGAUUUGCUGAUAACAUCGAAAAAGCAAUGAUGAAUGUGAAGGACCUCUGCGAAUAUGCAAAGAAAAAAUAAUUUGAGAAAAAAAGAAAAAAAAUUAGGAAUUAUUAUUAGGUUUUAAUGCAUUGUGUUUUAUAAAAAAGGGGGGGAGCACUGAGGGUAAAAAUGUACGGGAUUUUAUUUUGAUUUUACUUAUACUUUUGUGUGAAAAAGCGUGUUCUAUUUUUUCUGUAAUAUUUACUGAUUGUGUUUUUAUCUUAGUGUAAAACAGAUUUGGAAACCAAAAAAAAAAAAAAUUCUGAGGGAUGGGGGAAUUUUUCAGAUAAAUUUGAAUUUGAGUAAAAUUUCAUAUAAAUCACGAUUCAGCAUACUUGCAUAAAUAUUUUGAACAAACCGGCAGUGGCUAGGUAUCACUGUAGGCUCUGAACCUUUUUUCUGACCCCUUACCCUGCCCCCUCUCCCCCCCUUUAAUUUUCGUCGUCUCACUCAGGUAAGAGCUGUAUACAGCAUAUAUAUCCAGACAUGUUUUUCAAGUUUUUUUUAAGAAUUUGGGCGCAUUUGCCUGUGGUGAGGUCACAACACAGGACCCAGAGAGAUUAUGACAUUUUUUCUCACACUCCCUGUCCCCCCACAAUUUCAAUGCCCCAGCCAGGAAGGAAAACCGCUCUAGUGGGAGCUAUCUGUUGGGGUCCCGUUAUUUUUCUCCCCCUCCCCUCUUUUUCCAAGAUAAACUCCUAUGUUGUGCUCCUCGCUUUUUCAUUUUCUGUAUAUUCAACAUAUCAACCACUUUGUAUUUGCUCCUCUGGAACACCACAUUGUCACAAAUAUUUUUGAUAAUAACCCCCCAUCCCCCCCAAAAAAAAAAAAAUUGUGUUAUUUACAUUAACAAGAAUACAGCAUAGAUGAAUAUUAAAAUAAAAAAAAUUUUUAGUUCCUUCCAACUUAUCUUCCUCAAAUAUUUUCACUUUAUUGAGGAUAUUAUUUUUCAAAACAAUACGUUGCUACGAAACCAUAUAUUGUAUUGGCCCUCACAGACGUAUUAAAUGAAGGU